AUGGAUUUGAAAAGACUAUACAAACAAAAAAUUACAGAUGAAAUUCUCAAAACUUACGGAGAUGCCUGGUCUGUUCUUAUUCAUGACAAAAUGACUGCGGACAUUGUCAAUUCAAUAUUUAAAAAAUCGGAUCUCAUCGAUUUCAAUAUAACUGCAAUAUUCUCCAUUGGCGACCAUAGACCCAAGUGGGAUCUUCCAGCCAUUUACUUUGUAAACUGCACAAAGGAAAUAGCAAAAUCCAUAAAUUCUGAGUAUAAGUCAGGUAGGUAUUCAUCUAUAAAAGUAUUUUCGCUAUGUCCUCCUCAAAAUCUUGAUCCUAUGAUUAAAUGUACUGUUGUAAUGUUAGACAUAAAAAUAAUUGAAGAGCGAAUAUUCCAAUGCACCUGGGAUAAUCUAUCUGCAGUUUCCAGCAUUUUAAAUGCCAAAUUGAAUAUUAGUCAUAUUGGCUGUACAAAAAACCUGGCUCAAAAGAUCAAAGAUGCGCUAAUAUUGCCAAGAAGUAUAGAGAAGCAGGCAUCACUGCUUGUAUUAGAUAGAACGGUAGAUUUAUACACGCCUUUGAUGUAUUUCUUUACUUUUAGAUCAAUAUUGUCUGAGGUAGGUUCUGCUGACUGUGCUGAUGAAUAUUAUAAAGAGAUUAGAAAUAGACACGUGGGUGAGAUAAGCAAAUAUUUACAGUACACGGUUUUAAAAUUACAAGAGAGUAUCAAUAAAUUAGACAAGGAUAACGUUGAUGUCAACGUACUAGACACGCUUGUUCUUGAAGCUCCUAAAAAUCUAGAGCUAAAGAAGAAUGUUGAAAAAUACGGUAAGCAUCUAGAAAAAUGCUUUCAAAAGCUGCAGGAAGUUCAAGGCAUAGCAGAAUCGCAGCAAAAUUUAGUAUUGGAGAAAGAUAAAGCAGGGAAUAAGGCUUGUAUUUCCCUUGAUUAUUUUAUGUCGUCUAUUGUUUCGCCAGCACUAACUGUAGAUGACAGAGUGGGACUGCUUUUUCUGCUGAAAGUGAAAGGAAUCAUAUUUACCGAGUCCGAGCUCACUCUUCUAAAGUCUCGGGGAUUUUCCAGGGAGGAUUUAAGCAUCGUUUUUAACAGAAGAAAUCAGAUAUUAAGAACCCGAGAAGUUAAUUAUAAAUACGAGGUCAGUCGAUAUGAGCCUAUAGUUAAAGAUGUUGUUGAAAACUUUAUAACCAAACAGGGAAUGUUCCAAACGAUUGAUCAUGAGCAAGAGAAGAUUGAGUCGCUACGUAGAUCAACUAUGUUUAGCUCAGGAAAGCAGCCAAGAAAGCUGGUUGUUGUUUUUAUCAAGAAUGGGCUGGCGAUUGAGGAAAUGAGACUGGCGUAUUCCCUAUCAGAAAGCUUAGGAGUGGAGUUUAUAUUUGGAAGUGACAAGGUGUUAACGAGAAGAGAGUUUGUAAACGAAUACAGGACGAAUGCAGAGUUACAUGAGGCAGUGAUCGACAAGCGAUAG